AUGUCUGGCCGUGGUAAAGGUGGCAAAGGUCUCGGAAAAGGCGGCGCAAAACGUCAUCGCAAAAUUCUUCGUGACAACAUUCAAGGAAUUACCAAACCUGCUAUUCGCCGUCUCGCACGCCGUGGAGGUGUAAAACGUAUUUCCGGCCUUAUUUACGAGGAAACACGAGGUGUACUUAAAGUUUUUCUCGAAAACGUUAUCAGAGAUGCCGUCACGUAUACGGAACAUGCAAAACGCAAGACAGUAACUUCUCUCGAUUCUACAACGUGUGAAGUUGAUCCGGAAGUUUUGCAAAAACUUCAAAAGUUUAGAUUUGGGAAAAGGUCUCAAAAAGGGACUUCGGCUUUUGUUUUAAAGAUUGAUGUGGAGAAGUUGUUAGUCGUCGAAGAUGUGCUAUACGAUGAUACAUCUUUAGAAGAUCUUGUUGAAGAGCUUCCUGAGAAUUCACCAAGAUAUAUUGUUUUAAGUUAUGAGCUUUCUCAUCGAGAUGGUC